AUGUUACUGAAUCCGCUCUUCGGGGCAGCCAUCUUGGGAGCACUAUCAUUAGUGUACCUGGCACGUUGCUAUUCUUCUCCAUUAUGGAAUAUUCCAGGACCAGCACUCUCAAAAGUCACCUCAGUCGUCUUGAGAUGGCACGAAUUCGGCGCCAAGCGAACGCUGUAUAUCCACUCUUUGCACUUGAGGUAUGGUCCGGUAGUGCGAAUCGCGCCAAACGAGGUCUCAUACACGUCGUAUGAGGCUGUCAAGGAGAUUUACGGAUCACUGGGAAGUGGUUAUGACAAGCACCGCUUCUACAAUCUCUUCAAGGUUUUCGGACGCAGAACGAUGUUUUCAACUCUUGUGAAGGGCGAUCACGCGAAGCGCAAACGUAUCAUCGCCGAUCGCUAUGCUAAUAGCAAUGUUGUGAAGCCCAUGGCGCUGAGCGGUAUUGAGAAGCGCGCCGAAGAGUUUGUAAAGCAGUGUGCGGAUACAACAAGGAAAAGUGUUAAUGUUUACGUCAAACUUCAUUCUUACGCUUGUGACUGCGUAACACACCAUUUGUUCCACCCGUACGGAACAAAUAGUCUUCAGGCACAGGAAGACACGGAUAUGAUGGAACAAGUCACAACGGACGAUAGUCUUCGAAGUCGCCUUAUUCAGCAUCAUUACCCAGUGUUCUACCAGUACUUCUCCAAGGUUCUUGACCUGUUUUUCGAUCCACGAGCCACACCCCUUGCCAAGGACUUCGUUGUUGGUGCUACCUCUAGAAUCGACCCUGCGCCCUUCACACUUCUAAGCCGCCUCCAAGACAAGAGGGAAAGCGGCAGCAGCGUCAACCAAAUGGAUGCCACUGAUAUCGCCGCGGAAUGUACAGAUCAUAUGGUAGCUGGAAUCGAUACAACCGGUGAUUCUCUGUGUUUCUUAAUGUGGGAACUAUCACAGCCGGCAUCUCUGGAGAUUCAACGAAAGCUCCAGGAAGAGAUUCGAGAAAACCCAGAUGUCUCCUUUGAUAAACUUUCUUACCUUGACGCCGUUGUUCAAGAAGGCCUCCGAUGCUAUCCCGCGAUCCCAAUGUCGCUGCCUCGGGUGAUUCCGCCUGGAGGAAAGACAGUCGAUGGAUACUUUGUUUCUGAAGGUACCAUCGUGAGCAGCCAAGCUUACUCAGUUCAUCGCAACAAUGAUGCAGUGUUCCCCAACCCUGAUACUUUCAGCCCGGAUCGCUGGUUGUCUCCCACUGGCGAGGCCGAGAGGAAGAGACACAUGUUUGCGUUUGCCCACGGAGGAAGAGGCUGUGUCGGAAAACAUCUUGCACUAGCAGAGAUGAAAAUUCUGCUUCGGGGUAUAUAUGGACGGUAUUCCUCUGAACCAGAUCCUUCUAUCACUCCUGAGAGCAUGAGAUCUCACGACCAAAUUAUUUCUGCCCGGCCAUAUGGACAAAAGUGUUUGUUGCGAUUCAUUCCCAUCGUCAAUGAGAAGGCCGUAUGA